GCAUCCCAGCAGCUCGCAUAAUCGGGAUCUUGCACACGGACAUGACUCGGAUUCCGAGUCGGAUUCUGGUCAUGGGACGCAACAGAGUGGGGCGGAGUCCGCCAAGUCGUUGAUACAAGGAGACAAAAGGUCGUCACGGGGAAAGAAGAAGGGGAGGCGGAAUAGGAAUGCAUCCAGAAAUACUGGGGGAGCAGUCGUGUCUCACGCGCCGAGCAUCAUGGACGGGUUGGAAGAGCCGUCCACUGAACACGGCGGGCGGUUACUUUAUGCGGACUCUCUGGUCAAUCCACCCGCCAACUACACGAACCCAGUCGCCCCAGUCACACCUCUGACCGCGACAGAGUUCCUCGCCAUCGUUGCAGAAGUGCGAGCUGCCAUUGCUGAAGGCAUAUACCCAACCCUUAUCUCGCAAGGCUCGAGCGGUUCCUAUUUCUGCAAGAACCGAGCAGGAGAGAUCGUCGGCGUGUUCAAGCCGAAGAACGAAGAGCCAUAUGGACACCUCAACCCGAAAUGGACCAAAUGGAUCCAUAAGAAUUUGUUCCCGUGUUGUUUCGGAAGGAGCUGCAUAAUACCUAAUCUCGGCUACAUCAGUGAAGCCGCCGCGAGCUUCAUCGACCGUCGUUUGGAACUCCGCGUCGUGCCACGGACGGAAGUCAUCUACUUGGCCAGCCCAACGUUCUACUACUCGCGAAAAGAUUGGAAGGCGUACACGAAGGGAGGCGAGCUUCCCGAGAAGGUUGGGUCCUUCCAAGUGUUCUUGAAAGGAUACAAGGACGCUACCCGGUUUUUCCGCGAAGGAUAUGAGAAGAUGCGGAGAUCCAACUCCACGUCUCUUCCUGCAUCGAACCGCGCGUCGGCGGAGAACCUGCCGCGACAGUUUCGGUCGUCAGGCAAUCAGGCCAACGCAAACUCACCUUACGAAUGGAGCGAGCGCGCGCGAAUGGAGUUCCAAUGGGGCUUUGAGAGGCUUGCGGUGCUCGAUUACCUGAUACGGAACACUGAUAGAGGACUGGAUAAUUGGAUGGUCAAAUACGACGAGGCGCGUGAUGAAGCGGAAAAGUUGGCGGAUUUGGAAGGUGCGAUGCAGGGGCCUCGAGGUGCAGAAGCUCCGACGGUACCGCCAUUGUCAACCACAAUCGAUAUCGCGGACCCGGCUUUCGAUUCUGGUCACGAUGACGAUAGUGCGCCGCUGAUCAAUGGUGUGGCUGACGCGAUAUCCUCGACUGCCGACAAGCUCCACUCCCGGGUUCCCGAUCAGGCGUCCCAUGACGUCUCAGCUUCCGGAGAUUCCUCAAUCGUCGUCGACACCCCCGCCGCAUCCCCCCACCACACCGGCCUCACCUCCCCCGACUCCCAACCCCCCAUCAUCCAAGUUGCCGCGAUCGACAACGGCCUCGCCUUCCCCUACAAGCACCCGGACCGCUGGCGCUCCUACCCCUUCGGCUGGUCCUACCUCCCCGCCUCGCGCAUCCCCUUCUCGUCCGAAACACGCAUGCACGUCCUGCACCUCCUCACCUCCCCCUCCUGGUGGCGCGAGACGAUGGACGGCCUCGAACGCCUGUUCCGCAUCGACGCGGAUUUCUCUGAACGCAUGUGGCGCAAACAGCGCGCGGUUGUCCGUGGGGAGGGAUACAACCUCGUUGAAUGCCUCCGACGGUCUGAGACCGGGUCCCUAGGUGGUUCUCCAUGGGGCCUUGUGCGAAGGCCGGUGGUUAGUGUGUAUGAGGAUGAGACGGAUGAUUUGGAUGAGCCGGAGCUGGAGGGAAUGGUGGGUGGCCCGGCGAUGGGGAUGCGGCCGGGCCGGAGACGGAGUUUUGUGGAGAGGCAGGUUGGGGGUGGCAAGAGGUUUGUGAGGAAGGUGAAGCAGCGGUUUGAGACGUUCGCGAGGAAUCGGCCGUGUUUUGAGAAUUGGUAGUUUUGGUUAUGGGAUUUAGGCUUGUGCGAGCAAUCAAGUCGGUGCCUUCGACUCGGACUCGCUCGUUGCUUUUGAGUCUUCCCAUCGCCCGACUCGCACCCUCCCUUCUCCUGCUCAAUCCUCUUGUAUCACCUCUCCCCGCUUGGAUUCUUUCUGUAUACUUCUUUUGAGGCCCCAUCACUGUACAGAAAACUAUGUAUCGCUCAAUCUCAGUUCACAUGGAAUGCAAACUGAACCCAGACAGACCGAGGAUGCGGACGAAAGCACGGGCCAAUUUGACCCUUUCCAGAAGAUACACCAAGCAUGCAGC